AUGAUUCUAGACUUGGUGGCUCUGCAAAUUCUGGCAGCUUCCACAUUCUUCAGCGGCACAUGGAAGUACCCGAGGAUAGUUGACGUCUUUGGCACACUAGAUCGAAUCUAUCAAGACCUUCAGUACAAGAACAGAGAGGUCAAGAUCCAAGUAAAGGUCAUCGUAGUCUUGACCGUGACAGCUUUGCUGUUUUUGGCGAACUUCGCAAACAUCGUAAUGAACAAUGGGCUAGACUUCUCGGUGUUGAAUUUCUUCACAUUUCUAUUGCUGGACUGCACACAACUUGCCUUUCUCUUACAAUUCACUCAUGUAACUGAAAGUAUCAUUACAGGUUUCAAGACUGUUAGUAACAAGAUGAGAGAAGAGAUUAUCUGCAACUUAAUUGAACGAACGGUGAUGCAGCGCAGCCUGGGCGAUGGUCACAUCUGUCAUACAACACGCAAUACAGUAUCCAAGAUAAAGAAAGUGAAGUCUCUGAUGAACACCUACUGGAUUCUGUGUGACGUCGUACACCAGGCUAAUGAUUUCUACUGCGAUCAGCUUAUGGCCGUUAUGUUCUCCAUAUUUGUCCAAGUCACUAUCAAGUCCUACUUCUUCUUUAUGAAUGUCAGAUCUGGUUACUUGUUCGCCUUCACUAUGGAUGCAGUCUGGGUCCUGGUUCUCAUCUGCUACGCGAUUCUGGUUGCGAACUCAAGCACGGAGAUCACUAACUCGGCCGACAAUACUGCGGUGAUGAUUUGCAAGUUGAUAAACAAAGAUCUGGAUCCGAGUUUAAGGAAACAGCUUGAAGGGUUCCUACUGCAGUUGCCUCACCACAACGCAAGACUCUCUGCUCGUGGAUUUUUCCAGAUCCACAAUGAGACCCUCACCUCGAUGGCUGGAGCGGUGACAACUUACCUGGUGAUACUGAUCCAGUUCCAGACUGAGAAAUAA